AGUACAGAGGACUGCAACAACAUUGGAAUCUAUCGACUUCUCACCCCUUCGCAACCAUGGACUACAAGUAUACCAGCAUCGACGAAGACAGGCGAGCACGCUCGCACUCCUGGUCGUGGAGAGCGGGAGUCAUUGGAGCGGUACUCACGGGAGCGGCGCUCAUAGCUGCUGUAUCAAGCCUGACGACUUUCGUGAUCAUGACCUCGGCCGGGGUUCAACGGCCUCAACAAUUCUCUUGCGGAGAAACACUCGACGAAGUUCCUUCAACUCCACGGUUCUCUUGCGGAGAAACGUUUGACGAGGCUCAUCAACGGGGCUGCACAUUUGAUGCCCUCACUCUCACCUGGUUGCCUCCCCAAUGCUCGACAUACGGUGCAAAAGAGUUUUUGGAGAUUUCAAAGAGUUCCGGGAAUGGCACAUGGCAGUAUUGGGAGGAGAAAGGCGGCUCAAAUGAGCUUGGGGGCUUCGAAGCAUUGUCGUACCUUCCGACUGGAUCCUCCUACUGGACGACGCAGGAGGAGCACUUGCACCACUGCAUGUGGAUGCUGAUGCGGGUACAUGACGCUGCAACAACGCCCGGCAAACGUUUGGAUUCGAGGUCUUCGUCGUACGAGCACACGAAGCAUUGCUUGGAUAUGCUGGUGGAGCAGGCGAGCAUUGGUGCGGGAGAGAAGCUCUCACAGGUUAUUGUGAACGGACGUUCGUUGGACAUCGGAUGGACUGCGUGCUAG